AUGGAUACUAUCGACUCUAUCCUCGCCGGGAAAUACCCCGCCAAAGCUCACGCUGAAAAGGUGGUAGACUAUAUUCGUAGGAAGAAGAAUGCCAGUCUCAGUGGCGGCGUCAUCUACCUUGAGGGUCAAAAGACAAGAAUGCUGGAGGACAAUGAUGAGGCAGAACCGUUCCGUCAACGCCGUAACUUUUACUAUCUCAGCGGUGUCGAUGUCCCGGACUGUUAUCUUGCCUACGAAAUCGAUACCAAGAAGUUGACUCUUUUCAUCCCGCCUAUUGACCCCGACGAUGUCAUCUGGUCUGGACUGCCUUUGAUGCCGGAAGAGGCCCUGAAGAAAUACGAUAUCGAUGAAGUGCAAACAAUCGACCAAGUAAACCAGUACCUUAGCCAUGUCGGGAGCAAACGUUCUCCUAAAUCCGCCAUCUUUGCUGUCCAGCAGCAAGUGUCUGAUCAUAUCACCUUCCUUUCUUUUGACGAAAAGGACUUUGUCCUUCUCAAAGAGGCGUGCGAAGAGUCGCGCGUAGUCAAGGACGAAUAUGAGAUUGCCCUCACCCGCAAGGCCAACCUGAUUUCAGGUAUCGCGCACACUGAAGUGCUUAAACAUGUGAAACACAAGAAAAACGAGCAGGAGCUCAUGGCCGUCUUUAUCGAGCGAUGCAUUGCAAAUGGGGCGCGCAAACAGUCAUACGGCUGCAUUGUAGCGUCCGGUGAGAACGCAGCGACAUUGCACUACCAGCGCAAUGACGAGGAACUCUCAAAACGAUGGAACUUGCUACUUGAUGCAGGUGGUGAAUAUCGCUGCUAUACAUCGGAUAUCACGCGCACGUUCCCCCUCCAUGGCAAAUUCAACAAGGAGAGUCGCCAGAUUUACGACAUCGUGCUGAAGAUGCAGCUGGAUUGCAUUGCCAUGCUGAAGGAAGGGGUGUGCUGGGAUGAUGUCCAUGCUCAUGCCCACAAGAUUGCUAUUGAUGGAUUGUUGAAUAUUGGGAUCUUUAAGGGCUCAGCAGAAGAGAUCUUCAAAGCGCGUACAAGUGUUGCUUUCUUCCCUCAUGGUCUCGGCCACUACCUCGGCAUGGACACACAUGACACUGGCGGCCAUGCAAACUAUGCAGACAAGGAUACCAUGUUUAGGUAUCUGAGAGUGAGAGGAACACUUCCUGCGGGAAGUAUUAUUACUGUUGAGCCAGGCAUUUACUUCUGCCGCUUCAUCAUCGAUCCAUACCUUAAGAACCCCGACCAUGCCAAGUACAUUAACGAGGAUGUGCUCAACGAAUACUGGGACGUUGGCGGUGUACGGAUAGAGGACAAUCUCCUCAUUACCAAGUCCGGAUCCGAGAACCUUACAAAUGCAAUCAAGGAUGUCGCGGAAAUGGAGAAAAUUAUUAAUAGCUAA